AUGUGGGGGACACCGGUCACCGCAGUGCGGAGCAUCCGUCCCUACCAGUCCAGCGAGCAGUACCUCUACGCCAUGAAGGAGGACUUGGCCGAGUGGCUGAAGGAGCUGUACGACCUGGACAUCGAGGUGGGCACCUUCGUGGAGGUGCUGGAGACAGGGGCCGUGCUCUGCUCCCAUGCCAACAACGUCACUGAAGUGGCUGGGGAAUUUGCCCGCUCCUGCCCCGCUGUCGCCCGCCAUCUCCGCCUGCCUGCCACUGGCGUCGCCUGCAACCUCGCGGCACAGCCGGGCACCUUCCAGGCCAGGGACAACGUCUCCAACUUCAUCCAGUGGUGCAGGAAGGAGAUGGAUAUCAAAGAUGUCCUGAUGUUCGAGACGGAGGAUCUGGUGCUGAGGAAGAACGAGAAGAACUUUGUGCUGUGCCUGCUGGAGCUGGCACGCUGUGCUGCUCGCUUCGGCAUGCCUGCCCCGACCCUCGUGCAGAUGGAGGAGGAGAUCGAGGAGGAGAUCCGCCAGGAGCUGGACCUGCCACCCACAGACACCCCCCUGCCCCGGCCCCCCCGGAAACCACGGGACCUCCAGAACCUCGACCAGAUGGUCCAGCACCUGGUGAGCCGCUGUACCUGCCCCGUCCAGUUCCCCAUGAUCAAGAUAUCCGAAGGGAAAUAUCGUGUGGGCGACUCUGACACCCUCAUCUUUGUCCGCAUCCUGCGGGAACACGUCAUGGUGCGGGUCGGAGGCGGCUGGGACACGCUGGAGCACUACCUGGACAAGCAUGACCCGUGUCGCUGCACCUCGCUCUCUCACAAACAAGCCUGGAAAACCAGGACCCCCCAGCAGCAAGUGCAAGAGCUUGGGUCACCCACUGGUUGCCAGCCCUUGCCGGGAGCCGGUGCAGCCCCGGAGAGUCCCUUCGGGCAGGACGUGGGAGCCACUGGCUGCCCCUUUGGGGAUGAAGCCGCCACCGUCCAAGUCACCCGCUCGGCCCAGCUCACCCGACCGCAGGGCGACGUCCCGGGCACCCACCCCUUCCCGGCUGGCACCCAGCUUGCAGGACAGUGUGGGGGUCCCCAAGGCACCGCGUGGGAGCACCCCAGGGAAAACGGCCACGGCACCAGCACGGGGCAGCAAGGAGGCAAAUCACCUGCGGUGGCUGCCAGGCUGCAGGAAGGGGGGGUCCCUGCUGCAGCGACACGCCGUGCCCCCAGCCCCAUCAAAGUCUGUGCCCCCUCCCUGCACUGGGAUGCCCGAGGAGACUCACAGACCCAGAAAAGCCUGCGGGAAGGGGGCCGGGAAGCCCUAUGCCGGGGCCAGCCGCCCUUACCCCGAAAUUCCUCCAGCCACCCACCCAAACAGGAUGGCAGUGUUAAAUCCCCCGUCAAAGCCAACCCGGCCGUCUGCCGGCCCCCCACCCCUCUGGCCCAUUUUGCAGAUGAGUGCAAGGUCUGUGCUGCUGAGGGGGGUUCCCAGGGGAUCCGUCAGUGCCACCAAGCCCCAAGCCCAAGGGCUAGGGGUGCUGAGGGACCCGGGGUGCCAGCAGAGGAACUGGGGGGACCCUGCAGCCCCGGUGGGGUGACCGAGGGUCUCCGGGUGUGCUUGGGGCAUGCACAGCCCCCUGGCUACGGCAAGGUGGUGGAGGAGCUCUCCCGUGGGCGGCAGCCCCUGCGCCCUGUGGGAGGAGCCAGGGCCAGCAAUGUCCCCAAGCCCCGGCGGUGCCUGAAGAAGCCUGAGCGUGUGCCCUCCAUCUACAAGCUGAAGUUGCGGCCCAAGGUACGUCCCCGGCGGGACCACAGGCCGGGCAAGCGCCCCUCGCGUAUCCCCACCCCGCUGGGGCAGCGCCCAUGUGCCCCACGGGGCCAGUAUCACCCCCCGGGGCCCCCCCGGCACCCCCAGCCUGGUGCUCUUGUGGUGGACCACCUCACUCGUCCGAAGGUGGGAGCGAUGCUGCAGCCGGAGCUGUGGUGCCCGAGGUUGGUGUGGGCAGCGUGA